AUGUGGGAAUUUGACGCCUUCAUAGAAGAAGGAGGCGAAGAUUUCGCAUCGUAUGUAGAACGGUUUGGGCACUAUUGCAAAGUAGCCGGCGUACAAGACGAAGAACUUAAAAAGUCAGCCUUCAUCUCUGCCAUAGGAAAGAAAGCGUACAAGACGCUCAAGGACCUUCUUCUACCUGCAAAACCUGAAGAGAAGACGUUCGAGGACUUGGGGAAGGUGCUGAGUGGCCACUACGAGCCUUCAAGUCAAGUCAUUGCGGAGCGUUUCCAAUUCAACAGGAGGUACCAAGGAGAAGGGGAGUCCGUCGCGGCAUUUGCAGUCACGCUGAAGCACAUGGCAGCCAAGUGCAACUACGGUACGUUUCUCGACGACGCUUUACGGGACCGAUGCAAGCAACCGGCGCCUGGCACCGUCCACAACGUGAGUGACGAAGCGAGCGGAGGCACAGAGCUGCUGCUGCACGGUGUGUAUCUGGUGGGCACGGAACAACCAUAUGAAGUUGAAGUACAGAUAGCCGGCCAGCUUGUGAAGAUGCAAGUAGAUAUGGGCGCAGCCGUAUCACUCGUUCCGGAAUGCGUUUACCGGCAGCUAAAGCAGCCGCCGCAGCUUGCGAAGUGCGAGAUGAAGCUCAAGACUUACGGCGCAGCGACGCUACAAGUGAAAGGCCAAGCGGAGCUCUUGGUCGAUUAUAAGGGACAGCGGAAAGUCCUGCCAAUCAUCGUGGUACCAGGAGAGAAGCCAGCACUCCUAGGCCGCGACUGGAUUGCGAACCUCGGAAUGGACCUAAACAGCAUUCACGAGGUGCACGCACAACCGUCUGUCGACAGCAUCCUGUCAAGCGACUGGGCCACGCCGCUGGUAGCUGUUCACAAGCCAGAUGGCACAGUACGAUUGUGUGGAGACUAUAAAUUGACGGUGAAUCCAUGUGUGAAGACCGACCAUUACCCACUGUCCGCGGUGGAGGAUUUGUUCACGACACUGGCUGGGGGCAAGGUUUUCACCGUUCUGGACCUUUCGACGGCAUAUCAGCAAAUCGAGGUGCACCCUGAUUCGCGACCCUUGCUGACUAUAAACUCUCACAUGGGGUUGUUCCAGUAUGUUCGAAUACCGUACGGAAUCUCAAGUGCACCUGCAGUUUUCCAGGCAAUCAUGAACGAGCUGUUGAAAGGACUACCGGGAGUGGUAUGCUACCUCGACGACGUCCUCAUCACGGGAGCAUCGCAUACCGAAUGCCUGGCCCGGGUGGAAGCAGUCCUGCAGGUUUUCAGGGACCACGGCGUAAAAGUGAGAAAGGAAAAAUGCAAGUUUUUUUUAAAUUCUGUCAAAUAUCUUGGGCAUAUCAUUGACGAAAAUGGUGUGCACCCGUGCGUCGAGAAGGUUGAAGCCAUAAGGGAAGCACCCACACCUAAGAACAUCAGUGAGCUUAAAGCGUACCUCGGAAUGAUAACUUUUUACUCGAAGUUCAUGCCAAACAUGUCUUCGAAGCUAAAGCCUUUGUAUGCAUUGCUUCAGAAGGAUAAGAAGUGGGUCUGGUCCGCAAAAGAAGAAAAAGCCUUCGCGGAGAUGAAGCACACCAAUACACCACCUUACCAUCCAGCUUCAAAUGGCACGGCGGAGAGGCUUGUCCAGACCGUCAAGCGAAGCUUCAUCAAACAGCUACGGGACGAGCAGAACACGGGAGUGACUCGGACGAUGCAACAUCGGGUAGACCAGUUCCUGUUCACCUACCGAAACACACCGUGUUCGACGACCGAUACUGUGGCCAUGCAGCAGCUUCGACAAUUUCAGCACCUCGCCGACCAAAGCACGGAAUUCCUCUGGGCUCGACAAUUGCCGGUGCUACGCACAGGCGUCGUCAAAAAAGUAACCGAUCAAAAGCCGACAGUUCACGUGCCUGAACAGAUCACCUUGCCUCCCGACAUCCUCCGGACUUUAAGCCUCGGGCCCAAGUUUGCGGUGGAACCUUAG